AUGACUAUUAAAAAUCAACUUACAACAUUUUCUUCAGAUAAAGUAAAAGUUGCCGUUAGAGUACGUCCUCUACUUUCCAAAAAAGAAAAAACCAAAAAUGUUGUAAAAAUCUCCAAAAAUUCAAUUAUUCUUUCACAUCCAAACGAUGUUGAUUCUACAAACACAAAACAAUUUGGUUUUGAUUUUUGUUUUCCUUCUACUCAACAACUAGAAUUCAAUCCAAACAUUGCCAGCACUUCUUCCUCUUCAUUCAAUUCAACUUUAUCUUCCCAACAAUUUAAUACUAAUUUAUUGGAAGGAACACAAGAACAUUUAUUUGAAACAAUUGGAAUUGAUGUAGUAAAUAAUGCUUUUUGUGGAUUUAAUACUUGUGUUUUUGCUUAUGGACAGACUGGUUCUGGAAAGUCAUAUACAAUGAUGGGAACAAAAGAGGAGCCUGGUUUAAUUCCUCGUUUAUGUAAAGAACUCUUUCAACGAAUUAAUCAAAAUUUAAGCAAUAUUAAAGUGGAAAUUUCUUUUUAUGAAGUUUAUAAUGAAAGAAUAAGGGAUUUGUUGAGCAACUCAAAACUUUUAAAAGUCCGAGAACAUUCCCUUCUUGGUCCAAUAGUUGAAGGUCUUUCAAUCUUUCAAGUUACUAAUGUUGAACAAAUUGAACGAUUUAUUUCAAUUGGGAAUAGACAAAGAAGUACAGCAGCCACUUUAAUGAAUGAACAAAGUAGUAGAAGUGCAAUAGGAAAGCGUUUAGAAGAGGGUUCAAACAUUAACAAAUCAUUAACUGCUUUGGGGAAGGUUAUUGCUGCUCUAGCUUCAAAUAAAAACAAUGGAAAUACGACACAACCAAAAGGAGGAACGAAUAAUAAAUAUUUUGUGCCGUAUAGAGAUAGUGUAUUAACUUGGCUUUUGAAAGAAAAUUUGGGUGGAAAUAGCAGAACAACAAUGAUUGCAACAAUUUCCCCUUCUUCUGAACAUUAUGAAGAGACUUUGUCUACCUUGAGGUUUGCUGAUAGAGCUAAACGUAUUCAAACAAAUGCUGUUGUUAAUGAGGAUCCAAAUGCCAAAAUAAUUCGAGAACUUCGCGAAGAAGUUGAAAGAUUGAAAAAAUUAAACGAAACAACACAAGAAAAACAACAAGAAGUUUUACAAGAAGCAAUGGCACUUAUAGCAGAACAACACAAUAAAGAAAAACAAUUAGCUUUGGAAAAGCAAUACGAAGAAUUUUCUGAAUAUAUUAGGGAAUUGUUGAUUAAUACACAAUCUUCUCCAUAUCCUUCAAUAGCAGCAACCCCCUCCGGACAAUUUAAUGUUUUUUCUCAAUUUUGUGAUAAUGGAAAUAUUAAAAACGACAAAAAUAAAUUUUUGGAGUGGGCUAAUGAAAGAAAUCAAUUAUUCACAGCUAGACUAGAAUAUUUACAAAAUUUAAUUCAACAAGCAAAUAAACUUUGUUCUGAUGCAAAUCUUUUAUCAGAAAUGUUUGCAAGAAUUUUUAGAAAAAAUGCUCGAAUAUAUUAUUCUGUUAAUUUGCAUAUUCCAAUAAAUAAUUUGAAGCCGUCUUUUUUGAAUUUUAAGAAUUUUCGAAAGAAUUCAUCAAAUAAUGAAGAGGAAGAAGAAAAUAAUAAUUAUGAGUAUUUUAACUGUAUUUGUGAACCUGUUAUUUUGGCUGUAUGGGGGCAAAUAAACAAAAAUAAUAAAAAUUGUUUUUCUAAAGAAGUUGCUAAUGGAUCUUUUCAACAAUUUAGUAUUGAGGAAAUUAAUUUAAAAUUAGAAGAAAUGAGAGAAGCAAUUUCAACAGUUUCAUUAAAUUCUGGUUUAACAACAACAAAUGAUGGAUUAAAUAAAUGGGAUGAAUUGGAGGAAUUGGAAUGUAAUUGCAAUAAACGUUCAUUUAUUUUGCAAAAACAAAGUCUUGUCGGCGUUGCAAAUGUUUAUUUGGGUGCUUUAUUACACAAUUUAACUUCUCCAAUGCAAACCCAAGUUUUGAUUAUUAAUCAACAGGGAGAGAUUAGCGGAAAACUUUUUGUCCAAAUACACAAAACUACUUUGUUAAGUACUAGUGAAUCUUCAGAAUCUAUGGAAUUUUCUGAUAAAGAGGAGGCAGAAGAUGUUAUUUUGGAAGAAUUAAAUCAAGAAACUGAAAGACAAUUACUUGGUCAAACUAUUGUUGCGAAGGUAGAAAUUUUAAAAGCAACAAAUUUGCCUUUAAAUCAAUCUCACCUUGUUUUCUGUCAAUAUUCAUUUUUUGAUCAACCACAUUUAAUAAUUCCAAGUAUUACAAAUGUAGAAGAUACACAAAAUUGUAGCGAUACUCCAAACUCUUCAGACGAAUUUGAAUUAGUUUUUACACAAACAUUUUUGGAUUACAUAAAAGAAGAUGCACUUUCCAUAGAAGUUUGGGGACAUAAACAACCUUUAGAUGAAGAAGAAAUUGAGGAAAGACAACAAAAAGAGAAGAGUUAUUUAAAUAAUUUUGUUGAACAAAAAAUACAGACACUUCAAGAACGCUGGAAAGAAGUUACUAAAAGAUUGGAAUUAUUUUGUGAGAUUCUCGAAUUGAACGAUGUUGGAGAAUAUAUUCCAGUUAAUGUAGAUACAGAAAAUGAUUGUGGAAGUGGAGGGAUUUAUCGACUUCGACCCGGCCAACAACGCCGUCUUCGUCUAACAAUAUCUUCUCUUGAGGAAAAUGGUGGUUAUUUACCUUUACAUUUGGAAGAUGUUUGUUCAGUUUCUAUUGGUUCUAUAAUUUUAAAUGAAGGAAAAGAAGGAAAUACAAAAAAAUUAUUGGAUAGUUACCAAGAAAAUGAUUUAAUUAAAAUUGGAAAUCUUUGGAAUAAUUUACUUUUAAAAAGAGAAGAAUAUUUACAAAAAGAAUUGAAGUCUUUAAAUAAUUUUGAAGAAAAAGAAAGAGAAAAUUCUUUAUUUUUAUCUUGGAUAGAAUUAAUUGAAGAAAGAAAUGCUUUGUCUUUACCUACAAAAGAAGGAAUUCCUGGGGCUUUAAUUGAUUUAAUUAAUUUGGAAGGGUUUGAAAAAUAUUGUCCAAUUAUUUUUUUGGAUAGAAAAGACGAAGAUGAAAUUAAUUUAAAUGAGGAAUGUGAAGACGAAAAUUUGUCUAUUAUUGGAGAAGAUUGUUUCCUUUUGGGUGAAAAUAAUGAAGAAGAAAAUGACAAUUUGGAAUUGGUUAUUACAGAGAAGGAUAUAAAUCAAACUCGCCUUUCUGUAAUAUGUCCGUGGGAUAGCUCUCUACAUGAAUGUUCAGCAAUGAAUCGAGAAACAAAAAUUGGGGAAUAUAUUUAUGUUAUUGUUUAUAUUAAAAUAUCCCAACCAAUCAACGCUUGUUUAGUUUUGAGAAAACGUUUAUGUCUUCAAUUUAUUUCUUUUGAACAACGUUCUCAAAAUUUAUCAACAACACCUCGUUGGCAUUCCCUUUUCUUUUCUUCUUGGCCUUUAAAUAAAAAUGGUUUGGAAUUUUAUAUAAUUAUUUUCAAAAACAUCUAA